AUGCCCGACGACGCGAAUUUCACAGAAGAAAUCACAAAAUGGGUAGAAUCAUUACCUAAUUGGGGGAAAGCCGCAGCAGCUGGAGGUUUAGCACUCGCUGUCUACAUUCCAUACAAAUUUUUUGCCACUCAAGCUAGAAAAUCACCAGUGAAAGAAGAUUGGAAACCGGAUGUCGUCUACCUUUAUCAGUUUCCGCGUACUCGACUCCUUCCAAAUCUCUCUCCGUUUUGCAUGAAAGUAGAGACAUGGCUGAGAAUGUCUGAUAUCAACUAUGAGAUUCCAAAAUGCAGUUUCACACUUCGAUCAAAAGAAGGAACGAUGCCAUUCGUUGAAUUCAAUGGAAAAGAAUAUUAUGACUCUAGUUUUAUCCUGCGAGAUGUCGAUGAAUUGAUCAAACAUACUUCAUUAGAUGAUCAUUUGUCUGCUGAACAGAAAUCAACUUCUAGAGCAUUUGAAGCAAUGACAGAGAAGUCAAUGGCAAUUUCAGCAUGGUUUUAUAGAAUGGAAAAUGUUGAAAAACUUCUUGAUCUUUUCGAUCCAAAAGUUUUCGGUCUUUUUGGUUCACUCUUCAAAAUGAUUGACUCCAAAUUUUAUGCUUCUACGCUGCUCAAAAGAAUAUCAGGAUCAGAUAUCGGAUUUCACAGUCGUGAAGAUAUUAUAAAAAUUGGAAGUGAUGAUCUGAAAGCAAUCAGCAAAUAUUUGGGAAAUAAGCAUUAUUUCCAUGGAUUCAAACCAACAAAAGUUGAUGCAUGCAUUUUCUCGAAUCUGUGUCAAAUUUACUAUGCUCCGUAUACGAGUGAGCAUAGGGAUUUGAUCGAAGGAGAAUGCAAAAAUUUGGUUGAAUACAUUGAGAGAAUUAAGAAUAGAUAUUGGCCAGAUUGGGAUGAAGUGACCACAAAAUAUUCGAAUGAGACAAGUAAUUGGAAGAAACGACAUGUUGCCAGAAAUGGAAAUGGUGUAAAACAUUGA